GUCUGGGCACACAGGUGGACGGGGAAGGCGGAGCUUGGACGAGCAGAGAGGUGGGGCUCAAAGUUCCUAACCCGCAAGAGGGAAGAAGCAGGUUUAAGAGGACUGCCCAUCUCUCCCCGCUCAGAGAAUUGAAGAACUUUUGUUUUGGAAAAUCUAGGCUCUUGAAGGCAAAGAUCUAGAUGAUAUGGGAGGUCUCGGCGUGAAACAGCAGCAGUGGUGUGGGAUGACUGCCAAAAUGGGCACCGUGUUGGCAGGGGUCUUCACCAUCAUGGCCGUACACAUGUAUCUCAUCUUUGAACAUAGUCACCUAGGGCAUGGCAAUUGCAGUGAGAUCGCACUAAAGUACGAGAGUGCAAGUGGCAUCAUAAAUGACUUCAUCAUCUGCUGGAGUUUUAAAAUCGUCCUCUUCCUCUCUUUCAUCACCAUCCUCAUCAGCUGCUUCCUCCUGUACUCAGUGUAUGCCCAGAUCUUCAGGGGCCUGGUCAUCUACGUUGCCUGGAUUUUUUUCUAUGAAACCGUAAACGUCGUAAUACAAAUCCUCACCAAUGACGACUUCAGCGUUACAGAGGUCAGAAUCAUGCGCUGGUUUGGCUUGGUGUCUCGUACCAUCAUGCACUGUUUCUGGAUGUUCUUUGUCAUCACCUAUGCCCACAUAACCUACAAAAACCAGAGCCAGGGCAAUAUAGUUUCCUACAAGAGACGAAUUUCUACAGCGGAGGCUCUCCACAGCAGAAAUAAAAGAUUAUCAGUUUUGGGUGGGCUCAGUGGCUCAUACCUGGAAUCCCAGCGCUUUGGAAGGCAGAGGAGGUGCUCUGGUAAAACAAGUAUAAAAUGAACGUCAGGAUGUUGUCCCUCAUGGUGGGCAUCUUCUCUGUCCUCAAUAGCAUCCAGUUCUUCAUCUUUGACGUGAACCACAUGACAAACAUUGGCUAUGAGGCCAAGUUCCACAUCUACAUGGACUCAAAGUCAGAGCUAGUCACUUGGAUCCUGUCCAACAGGGCUAACAUCAGCACUGGCCUCUCCUUCACCACCAUCAUCAUCAGCUGCUUCCUCCUUUAUAGUAUCCACAAGAAUAUCUACAUGGGGCUGCUGAUCUAUGCCAUGUGGAUCAUCACUUACGAGUGCAUCAAAUUCUCCAUAGUCCUGGUCCUCAACAGGAUCACUGAAGAUUUCUUCAAGGAGCUGAGUUACUUGCACUGGAUCUUCCAGAUCUCGCACAUGCUCCUGCACUUUUUCUGUCUGCCCUUCAUCGUCAAGCAUGCAUACAACCUUUACAAGGAAUCCCAGACUGUGAGCAGGAAACGCCGCCACAUGCUCUCCUCCACCACUGCAGUGAACUCAUGACCACCUGUCUGUCUGGGAAUGUUGUACCAGAAAUUAAACUGAACCAUGCCAGGAAAGGUGGGAGGGAAUGGUGCUCCUCAACAAUGGAAUCUCCCCACCCUGCCUGGCUUCUGUUGAUGCUGCUUGGUUUGUCAGGGCUUUUGAGUUUUACGCACUGAGGAAUGAUUCUCGGGAGAGGGCAGGUUGUGCGGAUCAAUUAUUUUACAGAUGUGUUGUGUGACUUGUUUUAGCAGUUAAUGAUAUGUGGCCUUGUGCUUACUUAACCAUC